CUUCUGCUGUUGCUGCUGGUACCGUUUUAUAUGUCGAGCUCGCGAUGAGUUUUAGUUGCCGGUUACGGUUGCUUCUUAUAUCAUAUAAAGGCAACUCACUUUAGACUCUUAUCUUCAUAUAUAUUAAAUCACUUGACAGAUCCAAUUGUACACAAUAGUAGUAAACUUGACUUGUUUAUAUAAAUUUAGUAAAUAGUCAUCAUUUUUUUGAGUUUAAGUUUACUUUACUUUACUUUACUCCAAACAAAAUUUAUUCAUCGAUGAUUUACGUCUCUGUUUUGUGAUUUAGUUACGAGUUUUUGCGACUGACAGGUCCAUCAUAUCUUUGGAGUCUGUACAAAUUUACUCAGUGAUGUGAAUUUUCAUACUUUGCAAUUAAGUUGACGUUCACGUCGAUGAAUGUUAUCACGAUCAAUGAUAAGAGGGAGCUCGAUAGCGAUACCGUCUAAUUGUCAACGUGUAAGACGCCUACUAUAAGUAGUAUAUACUUCAUAUACAUAUAUAAAUAUAUAUACACAGCAGUUAAGACAAAACGACUAUGGCAAUUGCGAGGAUUAAGAGUUUUCUUGACAGCAGUCUAAAGAGCGUAACGACUCCGUUGGAUCGUACCACUAAUUUAGAACCUGAAAUUGGUCUAAGAAUCGUUAAUUCGCCGUAUGAUAAAACAUUACGUGUUACUGUUAUCGGUGCGAGACAUUUGCCACAAAAUUUUGGAUUUACUCGAGUCAACAGUUACGUUGUCAAGAUAAAAUUUUUUCCGGGCAAGGAAAAAUUUGAGACGACAUCAAAAAAUGAAUCUUGGCCGCAGUGGAAUGAGGAAUUUACGUUUCACUUGAGAAAAGAAACCAAAAUAAAAUUUGGCAAAUCUAAAGUUACGGAAGAAAUUUUAGAUGGAUCGAAACUUAUAAUAGCGACGCUUUAUGCAAUACUUGAGGACAAACCGCUGAUAGCGACUGAUAAAAAAGAAGCGGAGAAAGAAAAUAAUUCAAAGGAGGGUGGUAAAGAUAGUGGCAAAAAGGAUGGAAAGAAAAAGGAAGGAGCUACGACGUCUGGAUCACAAGAGUCGAAAUCCAAUAAAUUGUUGGGUCAGUUCUUCGGCAAAAGUACGGAGAAGGAAAAAGAAACUGUCAUUGAAAAAAAAAGUAUUGAUAAAAGACGAACUGUUGGAGCAACUACGAUUUCAUUAGAUAGUAAGAAUUUUGUUACUAAACCACCUAAAUCUAAACAUUCGGACGAUGUGUCGACUGGUGAUAUUUGGAAACCACUUAGACCGAUUGCCAGUGGGAUCUCCGGUGCUGAAGAAAGACGGGAGUGUAAAAAAGGCCAAGUAGAAAUGAUUCUAGUACAAGAGAAAAGUGAUAAAAAAGAUGUAAGUGAAGGUCGACUGGUAUUAAGCUUAUCUCGUUUGAGAUGUUCACUGCAAACAAUGCAUGAGCAGGAGACACUUAAAGGUCAAUUGUAUAUAAAAAUGUCAGUUGUUGACAAUGGAAGAGUUACGCAUUUUUGGAAAAGCGAUCGAUUUGCUCCGAGCGUAUCGAUGAAGUUUGCCCAAGACCAAGCGCAAGUUGUUGCUGAAAAUCCUUACGAGGGUGCGCUGAAAGAUGUCAGUUUUGUUGUUAAAUUUGUUUCCAAAAAUAAAAUGGGUAAAAAAACGACAAUCGGACACUUUGUCAUUGGUCCGGAUGUCGGUGGAACAUAUAGCGAACAAUGGAAACAAGCGAUGGCCAAACCAGGGCAGGCUGUUACUAAAUGGCAAGCGUUUGAAUGAAUCUAUCUAGAGUUUGAAUUGAAAUUGUAAAUUUUAUUUUUUAUUGUACCGUUAUCGAAUGGGUUAUUAAUUUUAAAAUGUACAUAAGUAGCGAGUAGCUUUGAAUAAUGAUUCAAAAUAAUCUGAUUAAACCGUCCGUUGAAAUUCAAACCAGCCACUAUUGUUUCUCUCACGAGAUGUGAUAACGGAGAUUAUUUAAAUUUUUCCACGCAACAUAAAAAUAUACUGCAGUAAAAUAAAGAAUACUAUUAAGGAGAUUUCGUAUGUUUUGAUGAAGAUGUCAAAGUUGACGUCUAAUAUUUGAUCGUAAUAAGUUGAAGAAUUUAUUACAAAGUCUCUGGCGUAAUAGUGAUCCAAUGAAUCAUUUGAGUUAUUACUAUGAUACGGGUGUGUCAUUUAAUUGACAUAAACGUACUCUAUAUAUAAAAGAAAGUACGAUAUAUAAGUACACGAUGCGACUCGACAAUCAUUGGAGUGCCAUUAACAAAAUAUUAUAAAUAUUAAAGUAGAUUUUGCAUUCAAUUAUUUUUUUUUUAUU